UACAGAAGAAAUGAAAUGUGGCCCGAGGGACGAUAUGACUAUGAAAGACUUCCAAGAGACCGUGUACCUCCUCGAAGUCAUCCCAGUGAUGGCUACCAUAGAGUAGUUAAUAUUGUGCCAAAGAAACCACCACUACUAGACAGACCUGGUGAAGGAAGCAACAAUAGAUAUUACAGUCAUGUUGAUUACCAAGAAUAUGACGAGGGCCGCAGUUUUUCUCAUGAUCGAAGAAGUGGUCCACCUCACAGAGGAGAUGAAUCUGGCUAUAGAUGGCCAAGAGAUGAUCAUUCCGGAGGUCGACAAUCCGAAUACAGGGAUGUGAGAGAUGGCUUUAGAAGAAAAAGUUUCUACUCUUCUCAUUAUGCAAGAGACCGGUCUCCUCAUAAAAGGGACGCUCCUUUUUUCAGAGAAUCUCCUGUAGGCCGAAAGGAUUCUCCACACAGCAGAUCUGGCUCCAGUGUCAGCAGUAGAAGCUACUCUCCAGAAAGAAGCAAAGCAUACUCUUUCCAUCAAUCUCAACAUAGAAAAUCCGUGCGUGUUGAUGCCUCCUACAAACAGCAAAAUGAAGGAAAGCCAGAAAGAGGUAAAGAGAGACCUGCCCAGCCUUUGAAAACUUCAAGAGAUACAUCCCCUUCCAGUUCUUCAGCAGUUGCUUCAUCAAAGGGGUUAGAUAAGCCUGGUAGGCUAACUGAAAAGGAACUUGCUGAGGCUGCAAGCAAGUGGGCUGCGGAAAAGCUAGAGAAGGCAGAGGAGAGUAACUUACCUGAAAUUUCUGAAUAUGAGGCGGGAUCUGCAGCACCACUGUUCAUUGACCAGCCAGAAGAACCAGAGUCAAAUGCAACAGAUGGCAUAGAAUUAUUUGAAGACAGUCAGCUAACCAGUCGUUCUAAAGCAAUAGCAUCAAAAACCAAAGAGAUUGAACAGGUGUACCGACAAGACUGUGAAACAUUCGGGAUGGUUGUGAAAAUGCUGAUUGAAAAAGAUCCUUCAUUAGAAAAAUCUAUACAGUUUGCCUUGAGGCAGAAUUUACAUGAAAUAGGUGAGCGGUGUGUUGAAGAACUCAAGCAUUUCAUUGCAGAGUAUGACACCUCUGGUCAAGAUUUUGGAGAGCCUUUUUAG